UCGCGGCACCAGCGGCUGCAGCGGCAGCAACAGCGACGACGACGACUCUUGAUUCUCCCGGUGAGUGGAAGGGCGCCGUGGCGGCGGCUGCAGCCAGAGAGCAGGAGAUACAUCUAGAAAAAUGGUUCUGUGACCAGUGUCAGAGGCAUUACUAUGUGAAGUUUUAUUCUAAGAAUAUUUGUUGCAUCUGGUUCAUGAGCUCAAAUUAUAAAGACUCUAAAUGUUACAGAAGUGUUGAGAGAUUGCUCGGUCAUGAGCACCGACAGUAACUCACUGGCACGUGAAUUUCUGACGGAUGUCAACUGGCUUUGCAAUGCUGUGGUCCAGAGGGUGGAGGCCAGGGAGGAAGAGGAAGAGGAGACACACAUGGCAACGCUUGGAGAUUACCUUGUUCAUGGCCGAGGAUUUCUGUUACUCACCAAGCUAAAUUCUAUCAUCGAUCAGGCAUUGACGUGUAGGGAAGAACUCCUUACUCUGCUCCUGUCGCUCCUUCCACUGGUCUGGAAGAUACCUGUUCAGGAAGAGAAGGCAGCAGAUUUUAAUCUACCACUCUCAGCUGAUAUCAUCCUGACCAAAGAAAAGAACUCAAGUUCACAAAGAUCCACUCAGGAAAAAUUAUAUUCAGAAGGAAGUGCCCCAUCCGGUCAGGUUCCUGCAAAAGUGAGUGUUUUUCGAAAAAGCAGACGACCGCGUAAAAUUACCCACCGCUAUUCUAUAAGAGAUGCAAGAAAGACACAGCUCUCCACGUCAGAUUCAGAAGCCAAUUCAGAUGACAAGAGCAUGACAGUGAGUAAGCAUAGAAGGCCUCGUCUGCUACAGCAUUUUGUAACACAGUCUCCUAAAGAAGACUACCUUGCAGCUAAACUUGACCACUUAGCAACCAAAGAACAGGCUCCUCCUGGUACCAUGGCUUUGGAAAAUUCCAAGGAGGUCCUUCCCAGACAGGAGUCAAACACUGACAUUUUGAGUGAGCCAGCUGCCUUGUCGAUUCUCAGUCACAUGAACAAUUCCCCAUUUGACUUAUGUCAUGUUCUAUUAUCUUUAUUAGAGAAAGUCUGUAAGUUUGACAUGACCUUGAAUCAUAAUUCUGCUCUCGCAGCCACUGUAGUGCCCACGCUGACUGAAUUCCUAGCAGGCUUCGGGGACUGCUGUAACCUAAGGGACAGUUUGGAGGGUCAGAUGGUUUCUGCAGGCUGGACAGAAGAACCGGUGGCUUUGGUUCAGCGUAUGCUCUUUCGAACAGUGUUGCAUCUUCUGUCAGUGGAUAUUAGUACUGCAGAGGCGAUGCCAGAGAAUCUUAGAAAGAACUUAACCGAAUUGCUUAGAGCAGCUUUAAAAAUUAGAACCUGCCUAGAAAAGCAGCCUGACCCUUUUGCACCAAGACAAAAGAGAACACUACAGGAGGUUCGAGAAGGCUUCGUGUUUUCAAAGUAUCGUCACAGGGCCCUUCUCUUACCUGAGCUUCUGGAAGGGGUUCUGCAGAUCCUGAUCUGUUGUCUUCAGAGCGCAGCUUCAAAUCCCUUCUUCUUCAGUCAAGCCAUGGAUUUGGUUCAAGAAUUCAUCCAGCACCAUGGAUUCAAUUUAUUUGAAACAGCCGUUCUUCAAAUGGAAUGGCUGGUUUUAAGAGAUGGAGUUCCUGCUGAGGCUGCAGGACAUUUGAAGGCCCUGAUAAAUAGCGUGAUGAAAAUAAUGAGCACUAUCAAAAAAGUGAAGUCAGAGCAACUUCAUCACUCAGUGUGCACAAGAAAGAGGCACAGACGGUGCGAAUACUCUCACUUUAUGCACCACCACAGGGAUCUCUCAGGUCUCCUGGUCUCAGCUUUUAAAAACCAGGUUUCCAAAAACCCGUUUGAAGAGACUGCGGACGGAGACGUUUACUACCCGGAGCGGUGCUGCUGCAUCGCGGUGUGUGCCCACCAGUGCCUGCGCUUGCUGCAGCACGCUUCCCUGAGCAGCACCUGCAUCCAGAUUCUGUCGGGUGUGCACGGCGUCGGGGUAUGCUGUUGUAUGGACCCCAAAUCCGUAAUCAUUCCUUUGCUCCAUGCCUUCAGAUCACCGGCGCUGAAGAAUUUUCAGCAGCAUAUACUGACUAUCCUUAACAAACUCAUUUUGGAUCAGUUAGGAGGAGCCGAGAUCCCACAAAAAAUGAAAAAAGCAGCUUGCAACAUUUGUACCAUCGACCCUGACCAAGUAGCCAAAUUAGAGGAAGCACUGCAGGGGAGCCCGUGGGAGGCUGGGCCUUCCCCGAGCCCGCCCAGUCCUGUCCACAGAUCUGAAGGGAUCCUGCCCAGCAGUGGGUCCGAAGAUUGGUUGUGGAGAUGGGGCGCCUUAGAGGCUUAUCAGAGUUUUGUUUUUGAAGAAGACCAGUUCCGUAGUGUGCAGAUUGCAAACCACAUUUGCAAUUUAAUCCAGAAGGGCAACGUAGUCGUUCGGUGGAAACUGUAUAAUUGCAUAUUUAAUCCUGUGCUCCAAAGAGGCGUGGAGUUAGCACAUCACUGUCAACUCCUGAGCGUUACUUCAGCUCAGGCUCACGUGUGCAGCCAUCAUAACCAGUGUUUGCCCCCGGAAGUGCUGCAGAUUUACUUAAAAACUCUGCCUGCUCUGCUUAAAUCAAGGGUAAUAAGAGAUUUGUUUUUAAGUCAUAAUGGAGUAAAUCAAAUAAUUGAAUUAAAUUACUUAGAUGAUAUUCGAAGUCAUUCCCUAAAAGCAUUUGAAACUCUGAUAAUCAGCCUAGGGGAGCAACAAAAAGAUUCCUCAAUUCCAGGUAUUGACGGUAUAGACGGAGAACAGAAGGAACUACCAUCUUUAAAUGCAGGUACUUCCUUUCAUAACCAGCAAGCUUAUUCAGAUUCUCCUCAGAGUCUUAGCAAAUUUUAUGCCAUCCUCAAAGAAGCUUACCCAAAGAAACGGAAGUCUGUUAACCAGGAUGUUCAUAUCAAUAUGAUAAACCUUUUCCUCUGUGUGGCAUUCUUGUGUGUAAGUAAAGAAGCAGAAUCUGAUAGAGAGUCAGCCAAUGAUUCCGAAGACACUUCUGACUAUGACAGUACAGCUAGUGAGCCUCUACAUCAUCUGCCGCCAUGUUUGUCUCCCAAGAGCCUUGUCUUGCCUUCUCCCAAGCAUAUGCACCAAGCAGCAGACAUUUGGUCCAUGUGUCGUUGGAUCUACAUGCUGAGUCCAGUUUUCCAGAAACAGUUUCAUAGGCUUGGUGGUUUCCAAGUGUGCCAUAAAUUAAUAUUUAUGAUCAUACAGAAACUGUUCAGAAGUCGUGAAGAAGAGCAAGGAAGAAAGGAAGGGGACCUAAAUGUAUGUGAAAACCAAAAUUUAAAUAGAACUUCUCAAUCUGAGAUCAUGAUGAAGGAAGACCUAUCAUCUUUGACUAUAAAAAGAGACCCCACACCAUCAGGACUGGGUAGUCCAAAACACACUGCUGACAGUUUAGGUAAAUUAGAGGCACAGCAUAUCUCUUCCAAAAACACAGGCCAUGUUUCAGCUACAGAAGUUGCUCCUGAGGAAGCAAAGGUAUUUACGAGUCAAGAAAGACAGACCUCACUUCAGAGCAUACGACUUCUGGAAGCCCUUCUGGCCAUUUGUCUUCAUAGCACCAGAGCUAGUCCGCAGAAGGUGGAAUUAGAGUUACCUAAUCAGAAUUUGUCUGUGGAAAACAUACUAUUUGAAAUGAGGGACCAUCUCUUCCAGUCAGAGGUGAUUGAAACAGAAUUAGCAAAGCCUUUAUUUGAUGCCCUGCUUCGAGUUGCACUGGGGAAUCAUUCAGUGGAUUUUGACCACCAUGACGCUGUGACCGAGAAGAGUCUUCAGUCUGAAGAAGAAUUGUCAUCCCAACCUGGUGAUUUUUCAGAAGAAGCUGAGGAUUCUCAGUGUUGUAGUCUUAAACUUUUGGUCGAAGAAGAAGGUUAUGAAGCAGAUAGUGAAAGCAACCCUGAGGACAGUGAAACCCGAGAUGAUGGUGUAGACUUAAAUCCUGAAGCAGAAGUUGUCGGUGCAUCAGGCAAUCCAGAGGACUUACUUGAAAACCUCACUGAUGGGGAAAUAAUAUAUCCUGAGAUUUUUAUGCUGGAAUUAAAUUUGCUUUCUACUGGUAAAGCCAAACUUGAUGUACUUGCCCACGUAUUUGAGAGUUUUUUGAAAAUCAUCAGACAGAAAGAAAAGAAUAUAUUUCUACUCAUGCAACAGGGAACUGUGAAAAAUCUUUUAGGAGGGUUCUUGAGUAUUUUAACACAGGCUGAUUCUGAUUUUCAAGCAUGCCAGAGAGUAUUGGUGGGUCUUUUGGUGUCGCUGAUGAGCUCAAGAACAUCUUCGGAAGAGCUAACCCUUCUUUUAAGAAUAUUUCUGGAGAAAUCUCCUUGUACAGAAGUUCUUCUUUUGGGUAUUCUGAAAAUUAUUGAAAGCGACAUUACUAUGAGCCCUUCCCAGUAUCUAACCUUCCCUUUACUGCAUACUCCAAAUGUAAGCAAUGGUGUUUCAUCACAGAAGAGUCCUGGGAUUCUAAACAGCAAGGCACUGGGAUUAUUACUGAGAGCACAGAGUCCCCGGGGCCGGAAGGAGGCCAGCGGCGAAAGUUUCCCGCAGCAGCUGCUCUCCUCCUGGUAUGUGGCCCCGGUCCACCUGCCUUUGCUGGGGCAGAACUGCUGGCCGCACCUGUCCGAAGGGUUCAGCGUGUCACUGUGGUUCAGCGUGGAGCGCAUCCCUGAAGCUGAGAGUGCCGUGGAGAAAGGAAAGAAGAUAAAGAAAAGAAGCAAAUCCUCAGUGUUACGGGACGGUAGUUUGGAUGACACAGAGAACAACAGACCGGAAGGUGCCGAGUACAUAAAUCCUGGUGAAAGGCUCAUCGAAGAAGGAUGUAUUCAUAUGAUUUCCUUGGGAUCCAAAGCUCUGAUGAUGCAAGUGUGGGCUGAUCCCCACAAUGGCACUUUCAUCUUCCGCAUGUGCAUGGAUCCCAACGAUGACAUGAAAGCUACUUUACUGGCACAGGUUGAGUCACAGGAGAAUGUUUUCGUCCCAAGUAGAUGGCAACACCUGGUGCUCACCUACCUACAGCAACCCCAAGGGAAGAAGAGUAACCAUGGGAAAAUCUCCAUGUGGGUCUCUGGGCAAAGGAAACCUGAUGUUACUUUGGACUUCGUGCUUCCUAGAAGAACAAGCUUAUCAUCUGAUAGCAAUAAAACAUUUUGCAUGAUUGGCCACUGUUGUUCUUCUCAAGAAGAGUUUUUGCAGUUGGCUGGGAAGUGGGAUUUGGGAAAUUUACUCCUCUUCAAUGGAGCUAAGAUUGAUUCACAAGAGGCCUUUUAUCUGUAUGCUUGUGGACCCAACCAUACGUCUAUAAUGCCAUGUAAAUACGGCAAGCCCGUGAAUGACUUCUCCAAAUAUAUUAAUAAGGACAUUUUGCGAUGUGAACAAAUCAGAGAACUUUUUAUGACCAAGAAAGAAGUGGAUAUUGGUCUCUUAAUUGAAAGUCUUUCCGUUGUUUACACAACUAACUGUCCUGCUCAGUAUACCAUCUAUGAGCCAGUUAUUAGACUUAAAGGUCAGAUGAAAACCCAACUCUCUCAAAGGCCCUUCAGCUCAAAAGAAGUUCAGAGCAUCUUAUUAGAACCUCAUUAUCUAAAGAGUCUCCGGCCUACCGAGUGUAAAACUAUUCAAGGCGUCCUGCACGAGAUUGGUGGAACUGGUAUAUUUGUUUUUCUCUUUGCUAGGGUUGUGGAACUCAGUAGCUGUGAAGAAACUCAAGCAUUAGCACUCAGAGUUAUACUCGCAUUAAUUAAAUACAACCAACAGAGAAUACAUGAAUUAGAAAACUGUAAUGGACUUUCCAUGAUUCAUCAGGUGUUGAUUAAACAAAAAUGCGUUGUUGGCUUUCAUGUUUUGAAGACCCUUCUUGAAGGUUGCUGUGGUGAAGAUAUUAUUCAUAUCAAUGAGAAUGGAGAGUUUAAGUUGGAUGUAGAGUCUAAUGCUAUAAUCCAAGAUGUUAAACUGCUAGAGGAACUGCUGCUUGACUGGAAGAUAUGGAAUAAAGCCAAGCACGGAGCUUGGGAAGCCCUGCUGGCGGCGCUGGAGGUCCUCAUCAGAGCUGACCACCAGCAGCAGGUCUUCAAUAUAAAGCAGUUACUGAAGGCUCGGGUGGUCCAUCACUUUCUCCUGACCUGUCAGGUUUUGCAGGAACACAAAGAGGGGCAGCUUACAUCCAUGCCCCGAGAGGUUUGUAGAUCAUUUGUGAAAAUUAUAGCAGAAGUCCUUGGAUCUCCUCCAGAUUUGGAAUUAUUGACAAUUAUCUUCAAUUUCCUUUUAGCAGUUCACCCUCCUACUAAUACUUACGUUUGUCACAACCCCACAAACUUCUACUUUUCUUUGCACAUAGAUGGCAAGAUCUUUCAGGAGAAAGUACAAUCAAUCAUGUACCUGAGACAUUCUAGCAGUGGAGGAAAGUCUGUGACUAGUCCUGGGUUUAUGGUAAUAAGCCCAUCUGGUUUUUCUGCUUCACCCUCUGAAGGAAACAGUUCCUCCAGGAUGAUUCCACAGCGAAUGACCGCCAACAUGCUGCGUUCUAGAAGCCUACCAGCAUUUCCUACUGCUUCACCUCAGACGCAACCACAAAAACUGACUGGAAGUUUGGGUUGUAGUAUUGACGAGUUACAAAAUAUUGCAGGCAAUUACAUUGCUUCCCAAGAAGAGAAACUCAAUUCUCUGGCAAGUUCUGAGACACUGAAGAAAGACAAAGAGGAUGCAUUCAUCAGUAGCUGUGAGUCUGCAAAAACCGUGUGUGAAAUGGAACCUGUCCUUUCAGCCCAUGCCUCUGUCAAUGCUGUCCCAAAAGGAUCCUGGGGAUUUCCGGGGGUCAAAGUAGAUCACAGAGAGUUGGGAGCAGAACCCAGAUCAGAAGAUGACAGUCCUGGGGACGAGUCCUGCCCGCGCCGCCCUGAUCACCUGAAGGGACUGGCCUCAUUCCAGCGAAGCCACAGCACUGUCGCAAGCCUGGGCCUGGCCUUCCCUUCACAGAAUGGAUCCUCGGCCGUUGGCCGCUGGCCAAGUCUGGUUGACAGGAACCCCGAUGACUGGGACAACUUUGCCUUUUCUCUCGGUUAUGAGCCACACUCCAGCCGCACCGCCAGUACUCACAGUGUAACGGAAGACUGCUUGGUACCUAUCUGCUGCGGACUGUACGAGCUCCUAAGUGGCGUUCUCCUCAUCCUGCCUGAUGUUAUGCUUCAGGAUGUGAUGGACAAGCUCAUCCAGGCCGACACGCUUCUAGUCCUCGUGAACCACCCGUCGCCGGCUAUACAGCAAGGAGUUAUUAAACUAUUAGAUGCAUAUUUUAAUAGAGCCUCUAAGGAACAAAAAGAUAAAUUCCUAAAGAACCGUGGCUUUUCCUUGCUAGCCAACCAGUUGUAUCUUCAUCGGGGAACUCAGGAAUUGUUAGAAUGCUUCAUUGAAAUGUUCUUUGGUCGACGUAUUGGCCUCAACGAAGAAUUUGAUCUGGAAGAUGUGAAAAACAUAGGACUUUUUCAGAAGUGGUCUGUCAUUCCUGUUCUGGGACUAAUAGAGACCUCUCUAUAUGACAACAUGCUCUUGCACAGCACUCUCCUAUUUCUUCUCCAAAUGCUAAAUUCCUGUUCUAAGGUGGCAGAUCUGUUGUUGGAUAAUGGUCUCCUGUAUGUGUUAUGUAAUACAGUAGCAGCCCUGAAUGGAUUAGAAAAAAACGUUCCUUUGAAUGAAUACAAAUUGCUUGCUUGUGAUAUACAACAGCUUUUCAUCGCAGUGACCAUUCAUGCCUGCAGUUCCUCGGGCCCCCAGUAUUUUAGAGUCAUUGAAGACCUCAUCGUACUGCUUGGCUAUCUUCAAAAUAGCAAAAACAAGAGGACACAAAGUAUGGCUGUUGCACUGCAGUUUAGAGUUCUCCAGGCUGCCAUGGAAUUCAUAAGGACCACAGCAAAUCAUGACCCUGAAAGCCUUGCAGAUCCAUUCCAGUUGCCCUCUCCUCCCCAUCAUGCAAUGUUUCGGCAGCGGAAGAGCAUCGCUGGUGCUCGAAAAUUCCCCCUUGCUCAGACUGACUCCCUCCUGACAAAAAUGCGCUCAGUAGCAAGCGAUGAACUGCACGUGAUGAUGCAACGGAGAAUGAGCCACGAGAACCCUGUGCAGGCAACUGAGGCAGAGCUUGCUCAGAGACUGCAGAGGCUCACCAUUUUAGCAGUUAACAGGAUUAUUUAUCAAGAGUUUAAUCCAGACAUUAUUGACAUUUUGAGUACUCCAGAAAAUGCAACUCAAAGCAAGACCUCAGUUUCCCAGAAUGAAAUAACUGAAGAAAAUAUUCAUCAUGAACAGCCUUCUGUUUUCAAUCCAUUUCAGAAGGAGAUAUUCACGUAUCUGGUAGAAGGAUUCAAAGCAUCUAUUGGUUCAAGUAAAACCAGUGGUUCCAAGCAGCAGUGGACAAAAAUCUUAUGUUCUUGCAAGGAAACCUUCCGAAUGCAGCUUGGCAGACUCCUGGUCCAUAUUUUGUCACCAGCCCACUCUUCUCAAGAGAGAAAGCAAAUUUUCGAGAUACUUCGUGAACCGAACCAUCAGGAAAUACUGCGAGACUGUCUUAGCCCAUCUCUGCAACAUGGAGCCAAGUUAAUUUUGUAUUUGUCAGAGUUGAUACAUAAUCACCAAGAUGAAUUGACUGAGGAAGAACUAGACACCGCAGAAUUGCUAAUGAGUGCUCUAAAGCUGUGUGGUCACAAGUCCACCCCUCCCAGUGCGGCGACAAAAGCAGACCUUAUCAAAAUGAUCAAAGAGGAACAAAAGAAAUAUGAAACUGAAGAAAGUGUAAAUAAAGCCACCUGGCAGAAAACAGUUAACAAUAACCAACAAAGUCUUUUUCAGCGUCUGGAUUCAAAGUCAAAGGACAUAUCUAAGAUCGCUGCAGAUGUCACCCAGGCAGUGUCUCUGUCCCAAGGCAUGGAGAGAAAGAAGGUGAUCCAGCACAUCAGGGGCAUGUACAAAGUCGAUCUGAGUGCCAGCAGACACUGGCAGGAGCUCAUUCAACAGCUGACCCAUGAUAGGGCAGCCUGGUAUGACCCUCUCUACUAUCCAACUUCCUGGCAACUGGAUCCAACAGAAGGACCAAAUCGAGAGAGGAGACGGUUACAGAGGUGUUAUUUAACUAUUCCAAAUAAGUAUCUCCUUCGGGAUAGACAGAAAUCAGAAGAUGUGGUCAAACCACCACUCUCUUUCCUAUUUGAAGAUAAAACUCACUCUUCUUUCUCUUCGACUGUAAAAGACAAAGCUGCAAGUGAGUCUAUAAGAGUGAAUCGAAGAUGUAUCAGUGUUGCACCAUCUAGAGAGACAGCUGGUGAACUGUUAUUGGGUAAAUGUGGAAUGUAUUUUGUGGAAGAUAAUGCUUCUGAUACAGUUGAAAGUUCGAGCCUUCAGGGAGAGUUGGAACCAGCAUCAUUUUCCUGGACAUAUGAAGAAAUUAAAGAAGUUCACAAGCGUUGGUGGCAGUUGCGAGACAACGCCGUAGAAAUCUUUUUAACAAACGGCAGGACCCUUCUGUUAGCGUUUGAUAACACCAAGGUCCGUGAUGAUGUGUACCACAGUGUACUAAUGAAUAACCUCCCUAAUCUCCUGGAAUAUGGCAACAUCAGCGCGCUGACAAAUUUAUGGUAUACUGGACAAAUUACGAACUUUGAGUAUUUGACUCACUUAAAUAAACACGCUGGCCGAUCCUUCAACGAUCUCAUGCAGUAUCCAGUGUUCCCCUUUAUACUUGCUGACUAUGUUAGCGAGACCCUUGACCUCAGCGAUCCGUCAGCGUACAGAAAUCUCUCUAAGCCGAUAGCUGUGCAAUAUAAAGAAAAAGAAGAUCGUUAUGUGGACACGUACAAGUACCUGGAGGAGGAGUACCGCAAAGGGGCCCGGGAGGACGACCCCAUGCCGCCCGUGCAGCCCUACCACUACGGCUCCCACUACUCCAACAGCGGCACGGUGCUGCACUUCCUGGUCAGGAUGCCUCCCUUCACGAAAAUGUUCUUAGCCUAUCAAGAUCAAAGUUUUGACAUUCCAGACAGAACUUUUCAUUCUACAAAUACAACUUGGCGCCUCUCAUCUUUUGAGUCCAUGACUGAUGUCAAAGAACUUAUCCCGGAGUUUUUUUAUCUUCCAGAAUUUUUAGUCAACCGUGAAGGUUUUGACUUUGGUGUGCGUCAGAACGGCGAACGCGUCAAUCACGUCAACCUCCCUCCGUGGGCACGGAACGACCCCCGUCUCUUCAUCCUUAUUCAUCGACAGGCUCUCGAGUCCGACCACGUGUCCCAGAACAUCUGUCAGUGGAUUGACCUGGUAUUCGGGUAUAAGCAAAAAGGGAAGGCUUCCGUCCAAGCCAUCAAUGUUUUUCAUCCUGCUACGUAUUUCGGAAUGGAUGUGUCUGCCGUUGAAGACCCGGUCCAGAGGCGGGCCCUGGAAACCAUGAUAAAAACGUACGGCCAGACCCCCCGCCAGUUGUUCCAGUCGGCCCACGCCAGCAGACCCGGCUCCAAGCUCAACAUCGAAGGAGAGCUCCCUGCCGCCGUGGGGCUGUUAGUGCAGUUCGCUUUCAGGGACACCCGAGAACAGGUCAAAGAAGCUACCUACCCGAGCCCUCUGUCCUGGAUAAAAGGCUUGAAGUGGGGAGAGUAUGUGGGUUCUCCCAGUGCUCCGGUGCCUGUGGUCUGCUUCAGCCAGCCCCAUGGAGAAAGAUUCGGUUCUCUCCAGGCUCUGCCCACCAGAGCUGUCUGUGGGUUGUCCCAGAACUUCUGUCUGCUGAUGACGUACAGCAAAGAACAAGGUGUGAGAAGCAUGAACAGUACCGACAUUCAGUGGUCUGCCAUCCUGAGCUGGGGAUAUGCUGAUAACAUUUUAAGGUUGAAGAGUAAACAAAGUGAGCCUCCAAUAAACUUUAUACAAAGUUCUCAACAGUAUCAGGUGACUAGUUGCGCCUGGGUGCCUGACAGCUGCCAGCUGUUCACUGGGAGCAGAUGCGGCGUCAUCACGGCCUACGCGAACAGGGUCACCAGCAGCACGCCUUCAGAGAUAGAAAUGGAGUCCCAGAUACAUCUCUAUGGACACACAGAAGAGAUAACCAGCUUAUUUGUGUGCAAACCCUACAGUAUAAUGAUAAGUGUGAGCAGAGAUGGAACCUGCAUCAUAUGGGAUUUAAACAGACUGUGCUAUGUACAAAGCCUGGCAGGACACAAAAGCCCUGUCACAGCCGUCUCUGCCAGUGAAACCACGGGUGACAUCGCCACUGUGUGUGACUCAGCUGGUGGAGGCAGUGACCUCAGACUCUGGACAGUGAAUGGGGACCUUGUUGGACAUGUCCACUGCAGAGAGAUCAUUUGUUCUGUUGCCUUCUCGAACCAGCCAGAGGGAGUAUCUAUCAACGUGAUUGCUGGGGGAUUAGAAAACGGAAUCGUAAGGUUAUGGAGCACAUGGGACCUAAAGCCUGUUCGAGAAAUCACAUUUCCGAAAUCAAAUAAGCCAAUUGUGAGCCUCACGUUCUCCUGUGACGGCCACCAUCUGUACACCGCGAACAGCGACGGGACCGUCAUUGCCUGGUGCCGGAAGGACCAGCAGCGCCUCAAGCAGCCCAUGUUCUAUUCCUUCCUCAGCAGCUACGCGGCCGGGUGAAGGGAAGACAGCCUCGCUCCUCCUCAGCACUUCAGCGCCCAGCCCGACUCCACUGGGGACCUCCCCGGUUCAGGGAGGUGGAACGUGAGGACGUGGAUGACCAAACAAACCUUCCAAGUAAUGCCCAGCCCCCUUCAUCUGCACAAGUCCUGCGGCCUCCCCAGGUCCUAAGAGAACGGUUUUGUUCUGAUUUGGUGACAGUCAGAGGACCGUGCCCACAUGCCCCAGCCAACAGGAUGACAGUCUUCCACAGUAAAUGAAAAUCGUGCCUCUGGCGUGUUUACCCACAGCAUAAUCUGAAGAAAGGAUUAGGGGCUCUCCUUUUCCUAUUAUUCCAAAGGGGCCAGGAGAAUUUCAAUUGGCUAGCCUGUUUAUAUAAAAUACUCUAAAAAUUAUAUUUAAAAAGUUUUAUGCCAAGAUAAUCUACCCUCCCCCAAUCCCCCUCCCCCCAAAAAAAGUAAAGAAAAGGAGAGGAGUCUUGAUAAGUGCUUUCUUUGAGAAGUAAAUUAUUGGGUCGGUGUCUAUGCACCAAACAUUCUGUGCAACAUCCGAAUACUAGAACAAACUGCUAAUGAAUCUCAAUGUUAGGCAGUUUUUUCCCAGUUGCCUUCCUGGCUCAAAGUAGGACCAGAAUAUUUUGAUGGCCACAAACGAGAACACAAGUAUCUUUGAUUUCAGACCCAUUCUGUUUCCAGAACACUAGACACUGGUGAGUCACUAAGAUUCAAACACACAGAUAACGAUCUGACUCUCUGCCAUUUACAGAGCACUGAAGACCUAACAAUUCACAACAGAGCCUCCACUAUGCAAAAGAUGGCAGAGGCAUCAUAAUGCACUCUAGAUAAGGCAUUCGGUAUGCAGGCGGUGUUUUCUUCCACAGAAUUUCCAAGGAAAAAGAGAGACCUGCUUUGUUUCCAACAGGAUGCAGAGAAUUCUUCUAGGAGACAGUUUCCACCGUUGCUACUAACCGAUGCUCCCUGAGAAUUCUCAGGGCAGUAGGGAAAGGUAGGCCAAUGCCACAGAACCUUGCACACCAUAAACCAGAACCCAAAUCUCGGGGUGGUCGAGCUCUGCCUGAUACGACGGCUCUGUUUUCAUUUGGGGUGCUGCUUUAUUGGCUUUGAAAACACUGUAAAAUAAGCUCAGUAAUCUAUCACCACAGGAUAAAAAUACAUACUCUUGCCUAAGAAUAACUUGAGUGUUUGUUAUGGAAAUCUAAUUCAUAUGGUGUUUACAGAACUACUUUUGUAACUUCCAGACUUUCUAAAACAUUCUGCUUAAAAACUGUAUAAAAUACAGUUCGAACGUCUCUGCUGUCAACACCGACGCGGGAAGGAGGCGGCCACGUGUGCUGUGACUCCCCGGCCCGCAGCCAUAGGCCGCACGGACCAGGUCUGCGUCCCGAGGUCCUGACAGGGGCAGAGACAAGACUAUUCCUUUUCACGUUGAAGUGAUCUUGCUUUGAUAAAAAAAAUAUAUAUAUAUUGCAGCUAUUGUCUGGCUUUCGUUUUUUCUACUGAGAACUUUAAAUUAGUCCCCUAUUAGAAUAGGGUUGCUACUCAGUCUUCUUUUUUUUUUUAAAGGCCGAAUUUCAUCAUUUAUUUAAAAAGAAAAUAUGCAAAAUAACUGGUCUUGUUAAGAGUGCAAUAUUAUAUUUUUAUGUAAAAAUAAGAAUUAAUUUGGGGGGAUUAUUUAUUCAGCAUGAAACUUAAUAUGUAUAUGUUUGAAACACUUCAUAAUGUGCAUGUUGUAGCAAACAUUUCUGUAAAAUACCACAAGCUCUGUUAUCUUUGUAUACACUGCCACUUCAAAUUGGGAAUAAAUUUCAUAAAAAUAGA